AUGGCUAAGUCUGAAGAAAUAAACAGUCAUCCAGUGGAAAGCCCAGAUAACACUAAAAUACAUAUAACUGGUGCGGAGCUACAAGCGUUAGUGGAAAAUGCUGUUGCCAAAGCCAUUGAAAGGCAAUACAGUGAAUCAAACGGGAUCCGAAGUAGGACCCGGUCCGCGCCACAUUCCAAGUCCAAGGUUCAUUCGGAGGCUCAUAGCAAACCGCCCUCUAAGAAAGAUGUAUCUAAGAAAGAUGAGCUCAAGAAGGAUGAUGAGCGACAUUCAUCCAACCAAAACAGUGUCCCGUCAAGGAAGGUCGAGCAUAAGCCAGAACCGCGUGAUAAGUCAUUUCAACAAGUGUAUAUGGCUCGAAUACUCGGUACCAACAAGUGCACUGAGUUGUUGCACUGGUUACAAGUGUAUAUGGCUUCUUCAUCAGCAGCAGGUCUCCCUUUUAUUUUCGCCAAUUGCCCUACAGGCCACAUGUUUGAGCCCGGUUCUUAUAGCCUUGUGAACCGUUUGGGAACACUUGUUUACAAAGGAACAGUUUUUGCAGCAGUAGGUUUAGCAGCGGGAUUAGUGGGAACCGCACUGUCGAAUGGAUUGAUCAAGAUGAGGAAGAAGAUGGAUCCUAACUUUGAGUCACCAAACAAACCACCACCGACGCUUUUGAAUGCUAUGACCUGGGCAAUUCAUAUGGGUGUGAGCAGUAAUGUGAGGUACCAAGCGUUGAACGGGAUUGAAUACUUGCUGGCGAAGGGGCUGCCGCCUGUUUUGUUCAAAUCCUCUGUGAUUGGUUUGAGAAUGGCGAACAAUGUUCUUGGAGGCAUGACUUUCGUGAUGUUGGCGAGGAUAACGGGGUCACAAAGCUCUGGUGUGGAAAAGAAGACGGAAAAGAUGAUCUGA